UCCAUACGCUAGCAUUUGAGAAUACAAUGGCGAAUAGAUUAGACAAUGAGUAUGAUUACUUGUUCAAGAUCGUCCUAAUCGGUGACUCCGGUGUUGGCAAAUCCAACAUUCUCUCCAGAUUCACCAGAAACGAGUUCUGUCUCGAAUCCAAAUCCACCAUCGGCGUUGAAUUCGCGACCAGGACAUUACAGGUUGAAGGCAAAACAGUGAAGGCUCAGAUAUGGGACACAGCAGGACAAGAGCGUUACAGAGCGAUCACAAGCGCUUACUACAGAGGAGCCGUUGGAGCUCUUCUCGUCUACGACAUAACCAAGAGACAAACCUUUGAGAAUGUCCUGAGAUGGUUGCACGAGCUUAGGGACCACGCUGACUCCAACAUUGUGAUCAUGAUGGCUGGAAACAAAUCAGAUCUAAACCACCUGAGAUCCGUUGCUGAUGAGGAUGGUCGGUCUCUGGCUGAGAAAGAAGGUUUGUCGUUUCUCGAGACGUCUGCUUUAGAAGCGAGUAACAUAGAGAAAGCGUUUCAGACGAUCUUGUCUGAGAUUUAUCAUAUUAUAAGUAAGAAAGCGUUGGCGGCACAAGAAGCUGCGGGGAAUCUUCCGGGGCAAGGAACUGCUAUUAACAUAUCGGAGUCAUCUGUAGAUAACAAAAAAGGUUGCUGUUCUAAUUAGUUAUUAUUGACUAAUCAAUCAUUUAAAUGCACGUUUGAUUUCAAGAAUAUAUUAUUUUGAUCUUCAACCAGUUUUUUUUUUUUGGUUUUCUUGGCUUAAUAUCAGCAAGUAUAGCAUUUACCUUCUUUUUUUUAAUUUCAGUUCGUUGUUUUGUUGUUACUGGAUUUAUGUUGCAAAAGCUUGUUUAGUUGUAUUUGGAACAGUGAUCACCAACACCAUUUUUUCCAAAAAAGGAAGAUCAUUGUUUGUGUAUUGUUCUAUCUAAAAAUAUUAUGCACACACAUUCACAGGUAAGCUGAUUAGACAUGCAGUGUUACAUGGUGAUCAUUCAUUGAUUCUCCUUGUGAUUAGUUCAUGGCUGGGUCAGUGUAUAUGUUCUUUGAUCAUUGGAACCAAGAGUGCAAAUCAAAUAACACUCUACUCAUAGGAUAUCGAGGGACAAUGAUCAUGAGUGUGAUGAUGGUGAUCAUUUCACACCAAAGGCACAAAAACAAUUUCGAUCGGAUCCUCAAAACAUUAAAACAAGUGGAAAUAAAUCUGAUAUAUAAGAACUAUAUAUUAUAAGAAAAUACAAAUGUUGAAAUAAAAAUUGAGAAGUGGAGGAUGAUGGAUGCGCACGAGGGGGGGGUGUGAGCAUUUACUAAGGCUGAAAAGAAGGCCUGCUUCAGGCUCAGAUAGAGAAAGGGGGCCUGAAGAGAUUAUUUUUUUAAAAGAGGAAGUUGAGUGACAGUCUGUUUGUUCGUUCCACUCGUGGCCUCUCUCUCUCUCUCUCACAGAGAUCCAUCAAUGGCUUCACUCGUCGAAUCCGGUUGGCAGGUACUCUUCUCCAUUCUCCUCCUGUUUCCUCCAUUCCUCGUUUUCGUUGAUUACUACGAUUUCCUCUUUGUUUUCUCCGUCUCAGCAGACUUCACUUUGGCUACAUUGUGUUACUAAUGCGUUUGAUUCCACUUAGCUUCUUGUGAUUGUUUGAUUUGAGUCGAUUGCAGUAAUGUGGUUAGAUCUGAAUUUGACUAUGCUAGUUUCCAAAUCACGUAGAAAUUAUGAGCUUGUUUCCAGGUUGGAGUUUAAACGUGGUUAGGAUACUAUUGAAUCUGGACCUAGAUGCAUGAAUGAUGUGUAUAUUGAUAGUUGCCAAACUCACGUUGAAACUAUGAGCGUUUUUCGGUUGGAGCUUAGGGUACUUUUGAACGAUGUAUAUAUUGAGAGAGAUAGAGAGAGAGACGCAUGAUUGAAUAACAGUGCUUAUUAUGCUAUUACCUUCGGAAUAUGAAUGAUCUUUUUUUUUUGUGGCAGUACCUUGUGACACAUUAUAGCGACUUUCAACUGGCCUGCAUUGGGAGCUUUCUCCUCCACGCGAAAGCGUCUUCUUCUUAUCUGGCCUCCCUUUCAUUUAUCUGGAAAGACAAGGCUUUCUCACCAAAUACAAAAUCCAGGUCCAUUCUUUUCUCAAUUUAUGAACUUAUAGCUUUGCCUGAUCUUUUCAAUAGGAUCUCGUAGAGGUUAAAUCACCAAGGAUUUGGUUUGGUUCAAGAUGAAAUCAAGUUAGCCCACUAGUCUACUUUCUUAUUCUUUACUUUUGGCUACAAGGUUCCUUUGAUGAAUAAAAUUUAACAUUCAUUCAAAAAAAAAAAAAAUCACCAAGGAUUCAGUCACACGUGAAAAAUUUUUGCUUCUGAAAGCUCAUCCUUUCUCUCAGCUUAUACCUUACUUUUAUGAUGCAGACAAAAAACAACACGCCUGCAGCUCAAGAAAAAUGCAUCACACGCCUCUUGCUUUAUCAUUUCUGCGUCAACUUGCCCCUCAUGAUGGUCUCCUAUCCUGUCUUCACAGCCAUGGGAAUGCGAAGCUCUUUUCCUCUGCCGUCCUGG